AUGACCAAUCGACUAUGGACUGUAGAGCUUCAGAAUGCUCGUAGUAUUGCAGAGCAAAUAAUCAUUCUUCAAAGUCUGAAGACUAACAUAAUAGGACACCCAAUUAAAAAAGAAUCUAUUGUAGUUCAAGGAGCUUUACAUCCUAUAUCACAAAUCGUAUUAAAUCAAUCGCACACGAAGCAGGAGACCAACCUUUCCAAUAAUAGUCCAGUCGUAGUAAUACUCGAUGAGUGUGAAACUUGUAGACUCCAGGGGUUACAGAUAAUAGCAAGCAUCGCUUUUGAGGGACCACGCUUCCUUAGCUUCCUACAAUCUGCAAAUGUCUUUCCAGCGAUUCUUUCGAAUAUUUGCCCAAUCAAAAAUACACCUCAACUCGUUUUAGCCUCUCUGAGAGCCCUAUCUAAUCUUGUAGACUCUAUUGUGCUCUCAUCAGAUCCAAAGGCCCUGAACACCAGUACCGUUGCGGAAGGACUCUUCUCUAGACAGCAUCUUGCAUCCCUAUGUCAAAUUUUAUCACAAACCUCGUCCUCAGCUCUUAUUGCAACACAGAUAUCAAUUACAGCAUCCUUAAUUAGUCGUAUAUGCUGCGAAGACCGUCAUCAGCAGAACCUUGCCAACUCUGGAAUACUCAAUGCUUUAGCAACGAAAUUUGCCAGCUAUAUCAUUAGCGCAGAGCUUAUUCCUUCAGAAAUAGGCUACAUAUCUCCACAAGGGAAUGUCAAAGAAAAAAUUCAGGAGACUAAGUCUCUUAAGAUCGACCUAGCUGGCAUUUUAGAAGCAAUUUAUGUCAUCAUUUCACACUCCAAAUUAAGAUCCUCGCAGUUCAUCUAUUCACCCUCCAUUCUUGCUUUAUUUCCUAUACCCCAAUUGAGCGAUCCAUUCGAAAUGUCUAAGGAGUCAUUACCUUGCAAUACAUCUAGUACGUCUGGGCUCAAAACUCGACCAGGACCAGCAAGCAGGAUAGACUGUCUACUUCCUUUAAUGCCAUAUCACCAGCCUAAAUCCUCGAGUCCAAGUACAUCCGCAUAUCCUCAUUUUAGCGGCAUUAGAUGCUAUGAUGAUUUGAGCCAAAACGGGCGAACCACUGCCAAUAAAUCAAAGUCCUCUUCACUCCAUACUUGGGGAGAUAAAGAAAUUAAUCCAGCCACACACACUGCGAUAUCUAGUAGAUUUGAAGAAUAUGAGAGCCCCAUAAUCCCCUUCCUUAUAAUGAUGAUCAGAAUGAGGUCCCACCUUGAGCGACUAAUGUCGUCAGCGAUAUUAGCUGUCUUGCAUCGAGUCGGUUUAACUCACACAAAAAGAGAGAUAGACAUAGGUUUAACAAUUGUGCCUGUGCUUGCGCAAAUGAUGGGGGAGUCUCCCAUUGUCAACACUGAAAAGGAGUCCUUAGAGUCGGUAGAACUUACGAAAGUUGAUAGGGUUAUUAAAGAGACAUCACCUUCUGUAUUGGCAAUGUUUAUUACAGAUAGCGAACAUCUCCAAAAAUCUGCUUUCGAUGCAGGUGUUAUUGCUAAGUUUUCAAGUUUAUUGAGGUCUUCAUACGAACCAGUUUCUAAGUCAAAUAUUUUUCUUACUUGGUAUCCCCAUGCUAGCGAGGAUAAUGAAGAUGAUGAAUUCAAAGCCAACCGACUCAGGAGCGAAAUUCAAUGUCCGCUUUUAGCUCACAAAAUCAAAGUCAGGGAAAGCACCCUAAGGGCUAUAGCGGCUUUGGUACCAUUUAAGGACGAAUAUCGAAAAAGUGUAGUCGAUCAAGGCUUAAUGCCAUAUAUAGUUGAAUCUAUGUCUCCUAGCGCCGGCAAUCCCUCACAAAGCUUUAAUGGGAAAGUAGAUAAGAUUGAAAAAGAGACAAAUGAUAAAACAAUUGACGAUUGCUAUGGCAAAAAUCCAGUAAAAGUUUUAAUCGCAGCCUGCGGAACAGUUCGUGCACUUUCUCGCUCUGUAAGUGUGUUACGCACAACUCUAAUAGAUAAUGGGGUAGCUGAACCUGUAUUUCGACUCUUGCAACACCCUGAUAUUGAGGUUCAAAUUGCUGCUACGGCAACUGUCAUAAAUCUGCUAACUGAUGUCAGCCCCAUGCGCGAAACUAUCAGGAAAGCUGGUGUCCUUCAGAUUCUAUGCAAACAUGCAAAAUCUAUUGAUCCUAGACUUCGACUAAAUGCUGUUUGGGCAUUAAAACAUUUCGUACAAGGUGUAAAUAAUGAUAUGAAGAGACAAUGUUUCGAAGAGCUCGGGCAAGCAUGGCUCGUACAUCUUAUAUGCGAUGAUAUCGAAGAUAUGGCCCUUCACUCUUCGAAAUCAAAAUCAGAGAAAACAAGUACUUCUAUAGAUAGCAUGGACGAAGAUACAGAUAUGGGUCAGUUUGAAGAGCAAAUAGAUACGGCUUUUGGGACCUCAGAUUGCCAAUCAAGUAUUGAAUCGCCUAGCUUGGAUCAUAGCAGACUAAGUCAAUUGGCAGAACGUAGAAUUAUGGCCCUACGAGACACAGAGCUAGACCCAAGCCGCAGGGCGCGCAGAGACGACGUUGCGGUACAAGAACAGGGGCUCGACUUUAUACGAAACAUGAUUGGUGGUGUAGGGCAUACAGGUACUGAAACUACAGAGAUGAUCGACUUCCUCUUUGAUGCAUUAGGUCAAGAUCGUAUGUUUGAGAUACUAUCCUCGAAACUUAGACCUAGAGCAGUCAAUCCCUACAGCAGAAAAGCAUCGGGGCUAAGAGAGUCAAAGGUUAUACCACCACAGCCAGAAAUCAUUAUUGCAGUUGGAUACAUCUUGGUUCAUAUGGCAGCUAGUAUACCAAGACAUCGACAACUUGUUAUUUCUCAAAGUGAGCUAUUGAAACUACUUGUGCCUCAAUUCAAUCAUUCAACUAUUGAGGUUCGCCUGGUCCUCUGCUGCCUCGUGACUAACUUAACUUGGGUGGAUGAUGAAGCAGACGAACAUUUUUGUGCUCAACGAGCAAGUGAAUUGAUAAAAUUAGGAUUUUUAAACAAAUUAGAAAUGUUGGAGAAUGAUGUAGAAUUAAGUGUGCGGGAGCGCGCAAAGACAGCCAUAUGGCAAAUGAAACAAUCCUGUUAA